GCGCAUGCGGACUGAGGCCCAAAGGGGAAAGCCUUCCACGCAGAUCUAAGCCAGCUGCCCUGCUUUUAAUACUUCAUUGCAAGAAGAGUAGAAAACAGGGGGAAGCCGCAUGCAUCCCCUCCACCAGUGUGCUCCCAGUACACUGGCAAAGCAGCUGCCUUUUCUACGAACAGCAGACGAGCAGCUACAAAUAGUAGAUUUGGACAUUUUAGACUUUGGAGGCUCUUCCAGGAGACCCUCGGCUUCACAUUCCCAGGACUCAAAGGGCACUUGCUGCCCUGAGUGGGGGGGUGUUCGAGCAAACUGACCUCUGGGGUUAAGAAGAAUCAGUUUGAGUGAGACUCUGUGGAGGAGGGGAGGAGGGUACGGGCAGCAGUCGGUGGGAGGUGGGAGGCCUCGGUGGGGCUCCUGCACUUCUCAAGAAGGAGACUCGGCAGUCGCCGGGAAGCGGGGGAACAGAGGAGGAGAUGGCCACGGGAGAAAUCACUACACUUCCCUCCACACCUGAUGACGGCAGCAGCGGCGGCUUCCCUGCGGGGAGCUACAAGGAUCCCAAAAGGCUGUACUGUAAAAACGGGGGGUUCUUCUUAAGGAUAAGGUCUGACGGGGGAGUGGACGGAAUCCGGGAGAAGAGCGACCCCCACAUAAAACUGAAGCUCCAGGCGACCUCGGUGGGGGAAGUAAUCAUCAAAGGGGUCUGUGCUAACCGCUAUCUGGCGAUGAACAGAGACGGACGCCUGUUCGGAGUGAGACGAGCGACGGACGAAUGCCAUUUCCUGGAGCGGCUCGAGAGCAACAACUACAACACCUACCGCUCCAGGAAGUACCCGAGCAUGUAUGUGGCGCUGAAGCGAACGGGCCAGUACAAGUCCGGAAACAAAACGGGACCGGGUCAGAAGGCCAUUCUCUUCCUCCCCAUGUCGGCCAAGUGCUGAACCCGGGACGCGACCGAGAGGAAGUUCUUAACGGCAACGACAAAGAAGAAGAUGUGACGGCAAUGAAGACAGAGUGUUGCCCCCAAACAGCUGUGAUCUUUUCCAACUGUUACGUCCUAACAGUUAUUUAUGUUUUAUUUUUUAUCUCGUCUGCUCUUCUUCAGCAUUUCUUUAAAACUGUGGCACACGUCCAGACUUUUAACGUGCAGCCAAUCGACGGCUUCACUAGUGCAACUGCAGCCAGGUGCCUUGCUCAAGUGCACCUCAGCAGAGAAUGGCAGCCCAGCAUUAUUUGUUCAUUUAAUCCACGCAGAUCCUCCCUCUCAGAUAACCAGUCUGCGUCUUAGCCUUCAGUUAACGAGCGUGUGAGUCUUGGGUUUGAAAGCAGGACACGGGUCUCCCACAUGAUCGGGAUUAAAAAGUGCGACUCAGAUCCUGAGGUGAAGUGACUUGAGGAGAAAGGAUUGAAAAUACAGCAGCUGAAUUUUCUAACAUUUUAUUUGACAAACCUAAACACAGCAAAUCACAACCCAUUAGGUACUUGCAAACUUCUUUUCUACAAUGUUCAGUAUCUCCACUAACUUAAUGGGUUUGUCUUAAUGUUCUGGUAAAACAACAUUCCCUGAUUUGUCCUUGUAUAAUUAGAGAAUUGUGUAAAAAGCCCUGAAGGUUCAUUGCACAGGAGAAUAAUGUAUAAACAAGAGGUAACUGUAGAAUCACAGCCACACAACAGUUGUGUAGGUCCUUCAAGUGUGAGAUGAACCGUAUGAGACUCUGCAGUCAUGGAAACGGAUCCUUUAAAAACGCACAAAGUGCUGUAGUUCAGUCUAUUGCACCGUAUUUCUUCAACAGUCAAAACACUCCAUUCAUAAAUACACUUUAAAUAUGAUUAAUACUGACAAACCCGUGUGUCAACAUAGCUUAUCAUGAUCCUCGAUGACCCAGUUUGAUGAUGGCGUGCUAGGAUUUCAGUGUCUGAGGAAGCUGCCUGUGGUACAGCUGGUAGAACAUCCCUGAGUAGACGGCCGGGAGCUCCUCCACGCCGAGGUCGAUGCUGUCGAAGCCGCGCUCGAGCCCGUGAAGCAGGAGCCGGGCCACGCGAGCCGUGAUGGGCGUGGUUUCGCUGGUCUUGGCCAGCUGGCUGAGGUCCAGCCAUUCGCAGCGCAGACACUCCUGAGUGCAGAAGUUGAUGUCAUACGUUAGCGGGCUGAGUCGGCAGAUGAUGUACAUGUCCGACAUGCCGAAGGCGCCGGGGUGGUUGUGCUGCUGCCGAAGGCUGAGCAGAGAUCUGAACUCGGAGCGAACGCCGGUUUCCUCGAAUACUUCACGUACGGCAGUGGCACCUGGGAAAGAUUAAAUCACACAUAUAUAUCAAAUCACCACGAAAACUGACGUAGAGGAAAGGAAAUACAAAAAAAAGAUUUGAUGCUGCUUGUUUCUGUUGGAUCAUGUAUAAAAUAUUAAAGCUGCUUUUAAAACGUUAAAGGGAAUGGGGAGAGACUCUGCAUAUAAAUAUAUAUAUAUAUAUAUACAUAUAUAUAAAGUUCCUUAUUUUAUUACGUUCAAAUGAAUGUAUAUGCAUCAUCUUAAAAUCUAAAUGUAAAGGGUUUAGCUAGAUGUACUGUAUUACUGUUUUUUUUUUUUAUUAGCUCUGUUGAGUGCGACACUCACCGAUAUUUUCUCCUGGAUCCGACAAACCACCGGGAAACUUCCACGCGUUCAUCGUCUGAAAUUCAGGAGCAAAGUUCAACAUCAAGUGAGACAGAUUUCACUGCUGUACAUGUAUCUGCUGGUGUAGAGCGUGGACUGUGUAUGGACAUGGAUCACGCGUCUCCACUCGAAAGUGUGGACACCUGACCAAAGCCGGGGGGGGUCCCGAGGGGCCGGGCCGGGCUCGUAGAAAGUUUGGAAAUGAUAAUUGGGUUGUUCAUGUUGGCUGCUCUUAUGCUGCUCUACUGCAUAUUUGUAAUGUGGGGGGGGGGGAAACAAUCAAAAAGAAUGUGCGUCAGUAACAGGCUGGGAUCAGGUUCAGAAUCAAAGUUCAUCUGUUGGGCUUGAACAGAAGAAUGUGGCAAGAGGGGGAGGCCGGACAACUUAAUUAGAACGACCUAGGAUGACAGAAGGAAACUAUCCGACGCAAAAACAAAUGGCCCAAAUAAGUUUUCUCCGUCGGGUGGCCGAGGAGUUCAGACAUCCAGAUGCCUCCUGGAAAGCGUGGCUGGGGUGAGGGACGUCUGGAUUAUCCUAUUUGGCCCCAGUACCUCCACGACCUCAGCCCCAAUAAGCAGAAAACAGUGGAUGGAUAUUCGACGUGUACUGAUCUCUUAGUCUGGCCCAUGUCCCAUCCACCAACACGGAGGAGACAGCCACCAGAGGGCAAAUAUAAAUGAUAUGGCUUCACUUUCGGGGAGAUGUCAUAUCGUCCAUCUUUAUUUACAGUCUAUGAUGUAAUAUCACAUUUUAAAGUCACUUGUUAGAGGAAAUAUUUUAAAGGUAAAGCUGUAGUUUUUUUUACUCUUAAAGAAAAUGGCAGUAUCCAGUAGAGGAUCAUAUAUGAUCUGAAAGAGAGAUUGUCUUAUACAUAUGAAAUUAUAAUUAUACACACAGAGAUAUUUAACGCUCUGAUCUGAGAUGCUUUUCUUUUUAUGUUUUAUAUUUAGUUCCUCACUCUGGAGUUUUUAAUGUGUGUUUGUGUGUCUUUCAAAAAACUGUUUCACCACUUAACCUUGAAAAAUAACAUUUUGCUGCUGGUUAAAUUAUGAUGUUAGUGACGUGUGUAUAUCUAUUUUUGUAGUUACCUAAAGAAUUUUGUUAUGCUGUGCUUGUGCUCGUCUUGUAUUGUCGACAGAAUGCUAUAUUUUUGGAGCUGUUUCUAAAAGGAUGAAAUAAAGGAAGUUUUCUGUAACUUUAA